UUCAUGCUUCGUCUUUACGUGUUUUCGAGCAUUUUAGUCCAAGAUUAAAUUUUCGAUUUUCCUAGGAAAGGUCCUCAGCUUUUCAACACCUGGCGAAAAAGAUAAUAGUUCGAGAUGAUAGUAUCUCUCCUUGUUGCCAUUUUAUUAGGGUUUCUAACAGUGUUAUUCCUAGCCUACCGCAGGUGGGAAUCUUCAUCGUUUGUGAAAACAGUCGACCUAAUUCCUGGUCCCAAGAAGAAGCCUUUUGUGGGAAAUGCCACGUCGUUGCCAAGGGAAAGUGAUGAGAUUAUGCAGACCAUACAAGGCAAGUGGAUAAAACAAUUUGGUCGUAUCUACAGAAGUUGGCUUGGAUUCCGUACUUUUGUGCAUAUUUCGACGCCAAAUUUUGUAGAGAAAGUUUUAACGAGCCAGAUAUUUAUCGAAAAAGGUAAAGGCUACAGUAUACUCACCCCGUGGCUUGGCGAAGGACUCCUGUUAGCAACAGGGAAUAAAUGGAAAAAGAACCGCCGCCUUCUCACACCGGCAUUUCACUUCCAGAUUCUUGACAACUUCUUUGAUGUGUUCAACAAAAACGCCGACAUUCUCUGUGACCAAUUGGCCAAAGCUCAAAGUUCUAACAAAAAAGGCGUUAGUGAGACGGAUGUCUUUCCGUUUUUGAAAAAAUGUACUUUAGACAUAAUAUGUGAGGCUGCUAUGGGUAUUAAGAUAAACGCGCAGUUAGAAGAUACGGAAUAUAUUCGAAAUGUCCACAGAAUUUCAGAGAUUGUUGUCGAGCGAUUCUUUUCCUUCGGUCAUUUUCUUCCGGAUUGGGCAUAUCACUGUACACCAAAAGGGAGAGAACAUUUCAAAAUAUUGAAACAAAUUCACGGUUUCACUUCAAAGGUGAUUCGGGAACGAAAGGACGAGAUUGCUCGUGAGGAGACGCGAAAUAUUGAUGCUGAAAAUUCAGAAAUAAAAAAGCGAAGAGCUUUCUUGGACCUAAUGUUGCUGGCUGUUAAAGACGGUGUUGAACUUAGUGAAACCGAAAUUUGUAACGAAGUUGACACAUUCAUGUUUGAGGGUCAUGAUACGACUGCGUCCGCACUCGUUUGGUUCCUUUAUUGCAUGGGCACAAAUCCAGAACAUCAAGAAAUGGUUCGCGAGGAGUUAAACGAGGUGUUUGGAAACUCUAAUCGUCCAUGUACGAUCGAGGAUACAAAUAAAUUGAAAUAUCUUGAAUGUUGCAUCAAAGAAUCACUUCGUCUAUAUCCGGCUGUGCCAAACAUCACGAGAUAUAUAAGUGAAGACUUUGAGUUGGGAGGAUACAAAAUUCCAACCGGUGCAUCUCUUUCCGUGCAAAUCUACGCGCUUCAUAGAAAUGAAGAGUUUUUUCCCGAUCCUGACAUUUUCAAGCCGGAACGUUUCCAAAUAGACGAAAGCAUUGGUAGACAUGCUUUCGCUUUCGUACCUUUCAGCGCUGGACCUAGAAAUUGCAUUGGUCAGAGGUUUGCAAUGUUUGAGGAGAAAGUUUUGGCUUCGGCUUUGCUACGUCGGUUUCGAGUUUCAUAUGAUUUCACUAAACAUGGACCAUCCAAGGCCAAUGCGGAAUUGGUGCUAAGACCGAAAUACGGCAUGCCACUUAAUCUCGUGCCAUUCUCGUGAUGUAUUUCUUGUGGAAUAAUAUUUAAUUGUAACUGAAUCGAUUACAAUUUUAUUAGGAC